UAAAAUAACUUUUUUCAUUAUUUCAUUAUUUUUAUGUUUUUCCUUCAAUAAAUAUAUGAUUUGAAUAUAAGAUAAAUAUUUGCUUAUUAUACAAGCAGUACAGUUUCAAUUUUUUGAAAUAACGUACUCUAUAGUCGACAGUUGUAAUUAGAGGUGACAAGUAGAUCUGAAAUAACCUCAACAAUGAAAAAUCGUUGAUAUCAAAAUAGACAUAUGAAUUAUGUUUUCAAACUUAUCAUACGUAAGCAGAAGUGUAUAAAUUAAUUAAAAAUAUAUGGAGAAUCAUUAAAACAAAAGUUGAAAGACAACAGUUUUCUGAUUGAUCGACAGUCACGACAUUAGAUGGUGGACGGUGCCAUUUUUAUCACUUUCAUAGCGCGCAUGGUACGCGCGGAAAAUUGAGUAUAUUAAAAAAAUUAUCAAUUGAAUCUCACGGUUUAAAUACAAAUAAUUAUUAUUGUUUAUGUAUGUAUAUUUUUCGACUUCAAUUGUAUAUUAAAAUUGUGUAUAAAUUAAAUCGAUUAGGCUUAACCUAAUGUGACGGUAUAGUGCAGAAUGCUUUCGUUUACAUGGACGUGAUGGUUUCAAUAAUUUCAUAAAUAAACAGAAUCAUCAAAAUUAAAGUGAUACGAUAUGCAAAAAUUACAAGUUAUUCUCUGUAAUCAAAUAAAAUGGGUCGUUAGACCUUAAAAUCACCAAAGAAAAAUGAUAAAAAUAUGAGCACAGCGGAUAUAACGCUGUCAGUUUCAGUCAAAAUGGCCCCAGGGCCAGAACAUCGCCAAGAACCAAUAGCACCUGACAAAAGUGCUGAAAAUAACAAUAGUGAAAUCUCUAAUGAAAGAGAUAAUAUUGAAAAUUCAGUGAUAGUUGUUGAGACUGUUAAUAACCAGAAUUCGAAUACAGAAUGUGCUUCAACGAACACUGACAUCAAUUCAGAUUCGACAACCCAAAGUGUACCAACUUGCAUUACUUCUGACAAUAAACAGGAAGAACCAGCUACUUUAUCUACAUUAAAUGAAGGUGAACUACGUGCACUAUUGGAUGAAGCUAUAACUUAUAAGUGUCCAAAAGAUCGUGAAGGAAAAUCAAGUCUUUUUAAAGAGUUACUUCAAGAAGCAGAAGCUGAUGAAACUGAGGAAGGUUGUAGAAUAAUAACUAAUUCACGUUGUUUACCUGGAUCAAAUCGUAGAAGACAUAAAAGAGAUUCUGUAUCUGAGAGAUUAACACAUGGAGGCUCAUUACAAAAUUUAGCACAACCUAUUACUUCAGAAUUUGAUAGUAGUUUUGCUUAUUUAACAUCUGGAUCUAGCUAUACUUACGGAGGAAACAGGAGAAAAAAUAAAAAAUAUACAGGAUCUAAUGUAUCUGCAAGACAAAGAGAAGGUGGUUCAUUACCCUCAAAUGUUAAUGCAUCACACAGUCUUGCUUCAUUGGCUAAUUUAGAUUUAUUAUUUGAUAAAAAAAAGGGAUUCUGUGAAGAAAGAUCAACAUAUGAUUGGACUAAUAAAGAAAAAUCUAAAUCAUUAGACAAACCAUCAUAUAAUAGUACAAAAAAAGAAGAAAAAGAAAAAGAUAAAAAAGAUACAAAAAAAGAUUUGUGUGAAACUGAAGUUGAAGUACGUGAGAAACGAGGUAGCAAAGGAAAAUACGGGACAAAUGAAAUGCUUGAAUCCGAUAAUCCACCACCAGAAUAUAAGUCAGAUUAUAUGGUGAUUGAUUUAGGUGAUGCUGAGGUGGGUACUAUCAGUGACAGAAAUGUGGGAUCCACUUUAAGUGGGGUUCAGAGACCUCACGCAUUAGACACAGAAGAUGAUGAAGGAAUUGAAAUGAAAAUUAUUGAACCUCGUAGACCUCAAUAUAUACCACGCACUACUUUUGACAUAGCUCAAACUCCUGUGGAUACUACUAUAGAUUUUUCUCUCCGUGAACAUAGCGGAAAGCAAGAUAAAUCAAAAAUAUCUGUUAAUGGUACAGAAGUAACUGGAUCCCUCUCUUUUCAAACUUUUAAUAGUGUGAAAUGUGGUAUUGGUGGAAACAAUUCUAAUACUAGUCAGGGUAAAGUAAUUCCAAGUUUAUGCUCCAUGAUGUCUGCAUCCUUACAAACACAAAAUAUCACAAUGGAAGGUUCGAGGUAUACAGCGCAUACUACUGGAUCUGGAGAAAAAAAAUCCUUAGAUGAAAAUGGAAAUCCAGUACAAUAUAAUGGAGAACGAAAAAAACCUAGAAGAAAGCAUACUCAAGAACCUAAUGUUAUUGUAUAUAGUGCUGAAAAUGUUGAAGGACAUCGCAACAUUGAUGAUAUUGAAAUUUUAAUUAAUUUUAUUGAAAAUAAAGAAUCAAAGAGCAAAAAAGGAAAGCCAGGUAAUCCAGUAAGAGUAAAAACUAGUUCAGGUGCAAAACCAAGAAGCAGAGAAAAGGAUACUAAAAGGGAACAGUUACCAGCCAAAUUACAGAAGUCUAAUUCACUUGAAGAAAUAUCUAAGACUAAACUUGAAGAUCUUACAACAGAGAAAAGCAUCAGUUCGAGUGGUGCCAGUAGUAUAUCGAGUCAACAUGGUACAAUCAAUGUUGCCUUACGUCGUGCGAAACAAAGAAGCACGGGAGACCCAGCUAUCGAUAGUCGCGGUGAUAGACGAUCUUGGGGAACAGAAGAAGGUCAGUCUAUAUAUUGUAAUGAUACCGGAGAUGAUUAUGCUAGUCGUCGAAAUUCCAAUAAAAAAAUCAAUCCAGAGCCUGAACAUGAAACAGAAUUCCUGGUAGUUACGAAAAAGAAAAAAAGUAAAAAACAGAGAAGAAGUUCCAGUGGAAGUAGAGCGCAGAAUUUAACAACAUCUGGAUCUUAUCUUCAAAAUUCAAGAGGAUUCUCUAAUGAAUAUAGAACACCACUUUCUCCUGAACUUAGAAGAAAAUCUGCAAGUAGUAUGCCACCAAGUGAUAAAUCAGACAGUAGUGAUUCUGAUUCUGUCCAUUCAUUACCAGUCACAUCAAACACGUCCAAACAUAAUUUAUCAAAAAUAGCUACCUCAUCUGGUGGAACGCCGCAAGCUAGUUAUGCGGAUAUAGCUCGUAUGGCAACUAUUAAUAUGACUCACAAUUCAGUGUUAAAUAUGUCUACAAUAGUUCCAAAUAUGUUAAAUCCAUCUUCAUGGCCUAGUGUGCCACCUAAGACACCCUCGGAACCAGAUAAAAUUCCUCAAGAUUAUUAUCCUAGCUUAGACGAAUUACAACACUCCGAUAGAAAAACAAGGCAACAUAAUUUCACCCAUUCAAAUCAUAUUUUAAACUUAAGUUUUGAAAAACCACUUUCACCAACUUUGACAAAAAUGAAAAAUUCAACAGAAAGAAAAAAAGCUGAAGCUCAAGAAGAAGCUAUUAAUAAAAAUAUACAAGUUAUUAAAUAUGUACAAGAUAUUGAAAAAAUGCGUGAAAAUUUAACACAACAAGAACAAAAAACUGUAAAUUUUAAUAAUCAUAACACAACAUCGAACGAAGUUUCAGUAACGAACACAGUGCCAUCAAAACUUGGCAGUGCAAUAAUAAAUUGCAAUCCUGAUUCUGAUAACAAUAAUUCCAGUUGCAACAAUGUUAAUAAUAAGGAGACAGUUGUAAAUACAAGAUGUAAUAAUCCUCGAGCACGCCGAGGAGGUUACACACAAAAUAAUCAAAAUGUACAGAAUCAAGUACCAUACGAAGAUCAACAUUUUAAGAAAGUUGGAUAUACACUUUACGAUGAAAACACAAAAAAACAGAAUAUUGAAAAUUUUAAUAUACAUUGUGAAAAUAAAAAUAUUUUGGGUACUGGUUCAAAUGAUGAAAUUGAAUCGCAAAAAACCAAUGUAAAUAAUCCAAAAUCAGUGCAAGAAGUGCAAAAUAUUGAUUCAGAUGCUAAGUUGACAAAAAAUGAAAAAUCGACAAAGACUACAAAAGAACCAAAUAUUAAUAUUAAGCAUGAAACAAUUAAAUCAGGAAAUGCACAUUCUGUAAAUUCGAAACAAGAACAACAAGAAGAUUCUAAAUUGAAAAAAGCAAAACAAAAUUUCACAGAUAAAGAUCAAACGCAAAAAACAGAAUCACAAAUAUCUAAUAAACAGAAAGUUUCGAGGCCUGCAGUUAUAUUACUAGAUGAAACUUCAUCAGAUGUUACUAAGAAUAGUGAGUUGCCAACAGAACUUAGAUUCGGAUUUGAAAUUAACGAACAACUUUUAUUAUCAGAAGAUUCGACGACCGAAGAGACCUCAAGUGCCACUUCUGUAUUUCCUUCUGUAGUUCCACCACUUAUAAACAAACCACCUUCUAAUUUUGAUAGAUAUCCUCCAAUAUUUGAUAAACACAUGAGAUGUGAUAAAUUUACGCCUAAUUUCAUGCAAUCUCCAAAUACGCAUGUAACUCAACAAUCUUUGCAUCCGGUGAUGGUACAACGAUUACCGUGUAUGGGUUAUCCUCCAAGAUUUCCUCCUCCUACAUGUCUACCACCACCACCUACACCUCCGCCAGGAAUAAUGGAGAAAUAUCAUCAUCAACCAAAAGAAGAUUUUUCUAUGCUUUAUGUAGCACCUGAAGAAGACGUUAAUAUACAAACAUACAAUCAUGAUAAAAUCGUCUCAUUUGUUGGUUUAGCAUGGGACGCUGUUAUGAGAGAAAUGCCAGUAACUGCAGGUGGUCGUAUACAGUUCUACAGUGGUCAGUGAAAUGGGCACUAAGAAAUAUGGGAAUGUAAUAAAAACAUGCGUUUUUACAUUGGUUGCACCCAACAUGCACUGAAUGCAACUUCUUCGGUUUGAUGACCCGUCUAAAUGCUGUUACAUUGUUGUAUAUUAUAUUUAAAAGAAAAACGAAAAAAAAGAAAAAGAAAAAAAAAGCAUUCGAAAAUUUGUAUUUAUUGCAAUGAGUACGACCAAUGAGUACGAAUUUUCUCUGCCUUCGUUAGUUUUCAACUGUCCUGCGUAAAAAAAAGUUCACCAGUAAAUUUUGUUGAUCAUCAUUGAAAUGUUAUAUAUAUAUAUAUAUACAUUACAUUUACACAUAUGUACAUAUACAUAAAUCUAUACAUGUGUAUAAGUAUUAGUGUGUAGAAAGACGUUUCUAUCAUUUGUACAACAAACGAUGAUUAUUAUCAUUAUUUUAUUAUCACUACUAUUAUUAUUACUAUUAGUAUUAAUGGAAAGGAUCUGUUGAUAGCGUGUAUUUCAAAUUUUCGCGCGCAUUUUGCUGAGACUUCAGAUCAAUAACUUUCCCUUCUCUAAAAUAUAUUAAAAAUCUCGGAUUUUAUUUCAUUGAUCAUUAUUCAUUAUUUAUCCCGGAAGACAAGGAACUUCAAAGAAUGUACAUUAUCUUGAAAAUAUAACUAUUUUUCUAGUUAUUACACUAUGUAGAAAUACGAAUUUCGCGGGUCGGACAUUAUUGUUUUUUUAUAAAACGCGGUAGAGCGUAAAAGGAAUCAUCGUAAUUAGUAAAACGAAAUUAUACUAUAUCGAUUAUGUCAAUCGAGCAAUAUAUCAGUGUUGCUUCUUUAUUUCUUUUUUUUUUUUUUUGUAAAUAUAGCGACAAUAAAAGAUAUCAUUAAAGAAAGAAAAAAAAAAAAGAAAAGCAAGUGCGAAGCGAACCAAUUAACAGCAGAGGUUAGAAGAAGAAGAAAGAAGAACGAGAAGAGCAUGAUUACGAAAUAAAUUAGACUGAUUAUUUUCUUGAUUUUAUUAGUAAUAAAUGUUAACAAGAGCGUAUUGCGAAGCUUGAAAGAAAACAAAUGCAAUCACUCGUUAACUUUUUUUUGAAAGAACGAAAUGUUUUUUUUGUCUCUUUUCUUUUUCUCUUUUUUUUUGUACAGGCAAGAGAAAUAUGUUCUUAUUUUUGUGAUUCAGUAUUGGAAAAAUUUGUAAUUGUGUUUUCUUAUGAUAUACGUGAUAUUAAAUAAGAGUGUAUGAAUUAGAGCGUAUAAAAAGAAAUAAUUGAAAUUUUGCAUUGUGUGAAAUAUAUAUAUAUAUAUAUGAAAAAAGAGGAAAGAAGCAAAAGAUGAAAUUUAUGUUUAAAAAUUUUUUUUACAUUAUCGUCUUUUGCGAACUCGAGUUACGAGAAAAUGAACGAAUAAUUGUUAAAAUAAUUUUCUGCCAUGCCUUCAAUUAUCUGAUGUCGAUGUUAUUUGAUUGCUUGGCAUUAAAUGAUAUCACUUGCGCUACAAAGUUGAGAA